GUCUGACGGACGUUCACGCACGUCUGACGGACGUUGUCGGACGUCUUACGGACGUUGGCGGACGUCUGACGGACGUUGGCGGACGUCUUACGGACGUUGGCGGACGUCUGACGGACGUUCACGCACGUCUGACGGACGUUGUCGGACGUCUUACGGACGUUCACGCACGUCCGACGGACGUUGGCGGACGUCUGGCGGACGUUGGCGGACGUCUUACGGACGUUGGCGGACGUCUGACGGACGUUGACGCACGUCCGACGGACGUUGGCGGACGUCAGGCACGUCUGACGGAUGUUGAUGGACGUCUGACGCAGGUAGAACGGACGUUUAAUGCACAUUGAAUGUUUAAGGGACGUAUAACUGACGGCUAACGCACGUAGAACGGACGUUUAACGCACAUUGAUAGUUUAAGGCACGUUUAACUGACGUCUAACGCGCGUUGAACGGACGUCUAACGCAGGUUGACCUGACGACUAGUGCACGUUGAACGGACGGCUAACGCACGUUGAACGGACGUCUAACGCACAUUGAACUGAUGUUUAAGGCACGUUUAUCUGACGGCUGACGCACGUUGGACGGACGUCUAACGCAGGCUGUCCUGACAACUAAUGCACGUUGAACGGACGUCUUUUUAUUUCAUUAUAUAAUUUUUCAUUUUUUAAUACUUAAGUUAUUUCAAAUUUUUAAUACUUAAAUAUUAAAGGUUUGCUUGUAUUUGAUAAUGAAAAAUAAACGAAGAUUGUAAUGUAAUUUUUUUUAUUUUUCGAUUUAUGGGAAAAGGACUACAGUACUUUUAUCAAAGAUAAUAUUUUUUCUGUAAUAGCGUUGAAGAGUUGUGUUUAUCUGUGUAUAUAUGUUAAAAAUUAAAUUACUACAAUAAUAAAAUUAUAAUAUUCUUUAUAUCACAAAAGUAAAAUAAUAGAGAGGAAAAACUUUAAAUAGAUACAUCAUUAAACGAUACUUUCGUAAAAGUAACCCUUUUCCAAUCAAUCCCCUCAUUUCCCUUCAAUUGUAAGAUUGUCAGGUAUGAGAGAUACUUAAGUAUGCGAACUGAGAAAGAGAAUUUGUGUGUCUCCAUGCGUUUUUUUACUCGACUAUUUUGGUUAAGCGAAGAGGAUCGACACAACUCCGAAACUAUUGUGAUUAUUAAAGCAGGAAACCCAUUAUGAACGGAUAACACGGUACACGACGGCACAGCACGGCACCAGCCACUUUGCUUUGUAUUGAUUUAAAUGGAUCGUAACUGACUAUGAACGCACGGCACGGCUCGGCACAGGUCGGCACAGAAACGGAACAGCUAGAAUAUAUAGCAUUAUUUCACCUCAAACGACUAGUACGGUUCUAGCCACAUAAAGUUGAACAUCUUUUCUAUAAUUUAAUGUUUUAAUUUUGUCAAAAUGAACACGGAUGAACUUCUCAUAGAAUCAGUGCGGGAAUAUCCAUUCCUUUACGACGUCUCAGAUCCUGGGUACCAUGAUAACAGGAAAAAGGACAAUGCAUGGCAACGAAUAUCAGAAAAAUUUGAUUCUUCGACAGCCAUAAUUUGCAGAAAAAGAUGGAUUGCACUUCGAGACAGUUUUCGUAAGGUAUAUAAGAAGAGAAGGAAUAUGUCUGGAGAGGCGGCUAAACAAAAACGACCUUGGAAGUAUGAAAAUAUAAUAUCGUUUAUCAUUCCGCAUAUUGGAGAAAGGAAUCAAGUUUCAAAUUUAACACUUAAUUUUGAGGAGAGCAAUGACUCUAUCAGUCAGACGAUUUCAUUAGAGGACUCAGAUAUCAAUGUCGGUGAUAUCAAGAAAGAAAUGGAAAUUGCACCACAGGGAGUACAGCAAUCUAAUGAUCAGUCCCAACAGACGAUUCUCAAUAAACGAAAAUCCUUAUCUAAGGUAACAAGUCGCACUCCGAUCGAAAAAGAUAACGAUAAAGAUGCCAAUCAUUCUUCGAUAGGGCAAAUGCCACAAGAUAAUUUCGAGAGUAAAAAGAACAAUGAAUUUGUCGCUCGAACUGAUCCUUUGACCGCUUUUUUCAAGGCUAUGGAGGAAACAGUUAGGACCUUUUCCUUACCAAUCCAAAUAGAAAUUAAAGGGAAAAUUGCUGGUCUUGUAAAUGAAUAUGAAUUAAAAAAUUAUCAAAUGCAACAAGCAACCUUCAAGUCACCUUAUUCCUUACACGGACAAUGUUCAAAUUGGUCGCACUCCACAUAUUCGCCUGAUCCUUACUCUUCAACUUCUCCACCUUCAAAUUCUCCCCGAUAAACUCUCUCGGAACAUCAGUGGAUUUUAAUAUUUUUAUCUUGAGAACGGAUCUAUUUUCCGAAGUUAAAAGAAUUAUAUUAUUAAUCAGUGCUAUCUCUUAUCUGAAUUAAUCUAUUACGGCACUUAAUAACAAAAUCAUUAAUUAUUAUAAACAUUUUAUGAAUUUUUAGAAUAUUAUAACAUUCCUGAGGCUCUAUAGAAUAUUUUCUAUACUUAUUUAUUUAAAUCUUAAGACUUAAUUAAAUUAAAUAAAUAAUAUUCUUAACGAGUAAUAUCUGAGUACUUGGAGAAAAUCAUUUUGUUAUUAAUCAUAAAAUUGUUAAA